GCUCAGAGUGCUCAGUGAACAUUAGGUGGUAGUACUAGAUAUGUUCGCUUUUGCGGUUCCCGCGAAGUUUCGCAUAACCUCUUUUCUUCGCUUUUCGCGAGUGUUCCACACCCCUAUCGCUUAGGUUAGCAACAUAUAUCAUUGUUAACAUCUACUCUCGACGAUUAUCAAAACCUGACGCGUGAUAAAAACGUAUCUAUCUCUUACUGAAUAAUGAAAACUUUAGAUAACGAAGAGAUUCGUAGAUUUGUGUGUGAUUUGGCAGUUUUUUCUUCUCAUUAGCGACGUGUACUAAGUGUGCGAACGAACGUUCCCUUUGUGAAUGCAUGCGAAGAGAACGAACAAUGAAUACAACUGCGAGAUUCGCGCGAAUAUUGUGAUUGGCGCGAAAAUUGCGAAAAAUUGACAGACACGAUAAAUUUUUUUGUUGUCUCAUAGAUCUUGCGUUAUUCCCUUGAAAGAAAAAUAAGAUACAUGAGACAGAUUAAUCUUACAUGAUCCGCAAGUUCACGUCUGUGUUAAGUGAUAAUCUCACAUAGUGUAGUGUCAUUCAUUCUUCAAAAUACUUUUAAACGGCCAAUCACCAAAUGUCAAAGAACAAACUCAACUUAACAUUACCACCUGGCUCAAUAGAACCGGUACCAGAAGCAUCUCCUUCACCGCCGGUUCCGCCUGCAUAUCCGGAACCUCCGGAAAUGCCUGACGGCAUGAGGGACACAUUGAAUAUUGAUACUCUUCAAGCAAGAUUAGAAGAUCUAGAAAUGGAUGAGGAACAAAAGAAACGACUAGAGAGCUUUCUGGGACAAAAAGAAAAAGUUGGAGAAUUAUGCGGCGAGGAUUUUGAAAAGUUAGGUGAAUUAGGUUCGGGUAAUGGCGCAGUUAGAAUGUCUAUUCUAUACUCACUGGUAUUUUUGUCUCAAAUUUUUCAGCAAAUACGCUUGGAAGUGAAACCACCUAUCAAGAAGCAAAUAAUUAGAGAAUUAAAAGUCCUUCAUGAAUGUAACUUUGCACAUAUAGUUGGAUUUUAUGGCGCUUUUUGCAGUGGGGGAGAAAUUUGUAUAUGUAUGGAAUAUAUGGAUGGUGGAUCAUUAGAUCUAAUAAUGAAAAAAGCGGGACGAAUUCCAGAAUCCAUGAUAAGUACAAUCACAUGUGCUGUUCUGAAAGGUUUAACUUACUUACGAGAUAAACACGCUAUAAUGCACCGGGAUGUAAAACCGAGCAACAUCUUGGUGAAUAGCGCGGGUGAAAUCAAGCUCUGCGAUUUUGGCGUUUCUGGACAACUGAUCGAUUCGAUGGCUCAUUCGUUCGUUGGCACACGAAGUUAUAUGUCGCCAGAAAGACUCCAAGGAUCACAUUACUCAGUGCAAAGCGACAUUUGGUCGCUCGGUGUGUCACUUGUGGAAAUGGCGAUUGGGAUGUAUCCUAUUCCACCGCCGGAUGAUAGGCUUUUAGCUUCUAUAUUUGGUUCGGAAUGGAUACAACACGCUGGAGAGAAUCCGGCAACAGUCAGCGAAUCCUCCACACCGCCUCCACGACCACCGACGAGGCGUUGCACGCACACUCCUAAGCCAUUAGCGGUAUUCGAGCUGUUGGAAUUGAUAGUUAACGAACCACCACCAAGACUGCCAUCCGGAUUAUUCAGCAACGCUUUCAUAGAUUUUAUUGAUCGAUGUUUAAAGAGGAACCCAAAUGAUAGAGCAGAUUUGAAAACGUUAACGAAUCACGAAUGGAUAAGGAAAGCUGAAUCGGAAAACGUAGAUCUCGCUGGAUGGGUAUGUCGUACUAUGGACCUAGAACCGUCUACGCCAACACACUUAUCGGCCGUGCAAUCCUGAAUAAAUGUAACUCUUACAUACUUGACUACGUAUAUUCGCGUUCAGUACUCCUAAGUUCCGUCUUGGUUCAUCUAGGUUUUUUCAUUCGAUCAAACAGUGGCGUAUAUAUCUCUCUUGUUAUAUUCCUCCUCUAGCAAUAUCUUUUUACAAAAUUAAUACAAUAAGGAGUAAAAAGUCUU